AUGGCGGGCACGAAGAAGGAGCGGAAGCGGUGCAAGGAGUUCAUCGAGUGGCUCCUGCACCAGCGCCGUGGGACCCCCACAGUCAGCGACGUCGCGGACCGUGACGACUGCACGGAGAUGCACAUCCCGGACAACUGCAAGGGCUGGGUGACCGGCAACCGCGGCAGCGAGCUCCGCCGUGUCGAAGAAGAGACGGGGACGUACAUGUUCAUGGCCUUGGACAGGCGUGGGGAGGAGAGGCUCUUGAUCUUCUCCGCGGACGAGGGCACGAAGAUGGGAACCGGUGGCAGGAUGCACGCAGAGAGGCUCAUCAACGAGAUGGUGCAGGACAAGCUCCGCGAAGACGGCAACAGGGGAGGGCGCUCGGACAGCCGCAGCCGCUCGCGGCGCAGGAGCCCGUCGGGGCGUCGCGGGAACUCGCGCCGGAGGAGCCCGUCGCGUCGCCGGGGGAGGUCCGACUCCAGGCGCCGCUGA